AUGGCUCCUAAAGUCCUCGUCGUCCUCACUUCUCAGGAUAAAAUCCCCUCCACCGGUCAUCCCACCGGAUGGUACCUGCCGGAAUUCGCCCAUCCAUGGGCUGAACUCCAUGAAAAAACGGAAUUGGUGAUUGCCUCGCCCAGAGGCGGCGAGACUCCUCUUGACCCCAGCUCCGUCAAGAUGUUCGAAUCCGACCCCGUGUCAGUCAAGUUUCUGAACGAACAGUCCGCUCUGUGGAAGCAUACGCAUAAAUUGGCGGAUUUUGUCGACCGGGUGGAUGAAUUCGAUGCUCUUUUUUAUGUGGGAGGGCAUGGUCCAAUGUUCGACCUCCACUACGAUGAAACAUCUCUCGCUCUGAUCCAAUCAUUCGCCGCAGCUGGGAAGCCCGUUUCAGCCGUAUGCCACGGUCCGACCGUCUUUCUCAGAGCCACGACCGCGACCGGAGAACCGCUGCUCUCGUCGGCCACGGUGACCGGGUUCUCGAAUGUGGAAGAGGACCAGACGGGCAUGACGUCCUCGAUGCCGUACAUGCUGGAGGACGAGCUGAACCGCGUGUCGGGCGGGGGAUUUGUCAAGGCCGAUCAGCCCUGGGGAGAGAAGGUGGUGGUGUCGCGUACGGCCUCGGGGAGUACGUUGAUCACCGGUCAGAAUCCGGCCAGUGCGACGGGGGUGGGCAGGGAGAUUCUGAAGGCUUUGGGUGUAUAA